AUGGGUCUGCUGACGAUCAUCCGCAAGACGCGGCUCAAGGAACGACAGAUCCGUGUACUCUGCCUGUGCGUACUUCCUCUCCGUGCCUCUCGACUUCGUUAGGCCGUGUCGUUGCCCACCAGCUCACCCGAUGAUCUCUUUCAUUCAGUGGACUCGAUAACGCGGGCAAGACGACGAUCGUACGGCGUUUGCUCGGCGAGGACAUUUCGCUCAUCUCCCCGACCCUCGGCUUCAAUAUCCGCACGAUCGUUCAUAUCGGAUACACCCUCAACAUCUGUACGCGCACCAAUCCCAUCCGACGGUCAAGUAGUGCACUGACUUCGCUUGCUCCCUUUCGUCUCGGCGCUUGACGCAUCGCCUUUUCCCAAAACAGGGGACAUCGGUGGUCAAUCGUCCUUGCGCCCGUAUUGGCGCAACUACUUUGAAGUCACAGACGCCGUCAUUUGGGUCGUCGAUUCGAGUGACCGGGAGAGGAUGGCAGACUGUCGGGAUGAAUUGCACGAGUUGCUCCGAGAAGAGGUCCGUCCUUUUCGAGGGAGCAGCAUGGAGGUAACCGCUUACUUUCACUCUGAGAUCCGAUUGCGUUCUUGUAGAGGCUCGCAGGUGCAUCUCUGUUGGUCCUCGCGAACAAGCAAGACAUCUCGGGCGCCUUGACGUCCGAGGAGAUCGCAGAUGUAGGGGCCGUUUCUACCAGACCCCCCCCCCCCCCCCCCCCCCUCACACAUGCUAACCGUAAUCCUCCUCACCGCGACGGCAGGCUUUGGAACUCUACUCCCUUCGAUCACAUACUUCGACCAUUAUCCCUUGUUCGGCUCGACUAGAGCCUGCGAUUACCGUUGCAUCUAGCGAGGCAAGUAGGCCUGGCGAUCCGAGGAUAUGGAAAGGACUCGAUUGGAUCGUCACCGAAGUGGGGCGGAGGGUCUACUACGGUGUGGGGAACCCGCUGGUUGCCGCAAGUUCAGUGAAGAUACCAAGUGAUUGCGAAAGUUCAGCGAAGAUACCGAGUGAUUGCUAG